CGAAAUCGAACUCUAUUCUUAUCUUUGACUCGGUGAGUAACUCGGCUUUAACUUCUCCGACGAUAUCUCCAAUUUCUCCGAUUUCCGACUUUCCUAGGUACCAAACACUCUCUACGGCGGGAUGGCAACGCCUCAGUUCCUCUCCUCCUUCAAGUACGGCGACAGCCUGACGGUGGUCGGGAUCUCUCUCUGCACCGCCGUGGUCUGCGAGGCAAUCUCCUGGAUCUUGAUCUACCGAACAAGCUCCUACAAGUCGCUCAAGUCCUCCAUCGACAAAGCUUCGAAGAAGCUGGAGACCAUGAAAACCGACACCAACAAGAUCGUGACGAAGAAAUCCAAGUCCAAGAAGAUCAAUCGCGUGGAGACCUCGCUCAAGGAGUCAAGCCGCGACCUCUCCCUCUUCAAGUUCAAAUCUGGAGCCGUCGUGGCGCUGGUGCUCUUCAUCGUCUUCGGCCUGUUGAACUCGAUGUUCCAAGGGAAAGUCGUCGCGAAGCUGCCGUUCCACCCGAUUGCGCUCGUGAAGAAGAUGAGCCACAGGGGAUUGCAAGGCGACGACCCGACGGAUUGUUCCAUGGCGUUCUUGUACUUCCUGUGCUCGAUUAGCAUCCGUACGAAUCUCCAGAAGUUCCUGGGAUUCUCUCCCCCGCGUGGAGCUGCCGCAGCUGGAUUGUUCCCCAUGCCGGAUCCCAAAACCAAUUGAUCAGGUUCGUUUAGUCUGGGUAAUUGAAAUGCAUCACAGGAAGUCAGGAACUGCUAGUUGGGGAUUUUGGCCAGUUUUCAAGUUCAUUGUGGAAGGUGCCUGGUAAUUUGAGUUGAAUAGGCAAUGAAUGUUCUGAUUCCGAAACUUCUGUAAUGUUUAUGGUGGAUAACUUUGGGGAACAUGAUGUUUACUGGAUUCUGGUUAUCAGGAUUAUGGCUUAAAGUUACUGAAACAAGAUAUACAUCCGUGGAAAUUGCAUUUUCUUCUGCAAAGUUUCUCCCUUUCCUCUCUCUGUGUUCGCUCACCAUUGCUUAAAUUGUUGGUUUGAUUGUGCCAUGGAUGCUAUUUAUUCAAUUAUGCUAUGCUCUUCAUAUUUAUGACUGCUUAGAGACUCCAGUCAUCAGAAUAGAAGAUGAGAGAACAAUGGGAGAAAAUUAUAUAAGGAACUUUUAGCUUAAGUUGUGGGUUGGAUUGUUUGACAGUGAGUUCUGUGCAUUGAGAGGAUGCCUUAUGGCUCACAGUUCACUCUAUGGGAUGCUUAUAAUGGUAAAUUUCCAUGGCUCACAGUUGCUAUAUAUGGUUUCAUUUAUACGCCAUUGCAUUCUAUUUUGCUGUGUAUGGUUUAGUUAUCUAUCUGUUGCUCAUGGCAUCAAUGCUGGAUUUCUUUAUCAGUGGCGUCAUAGCUUGCUGCAUAUAGUUGAUUUAUAUUGCACUUUGAUAGCAAGACUUGUGUUUGAAUGUUUGCUUAUCAAAAUGCAUUUCAAUGUUACAAACACAGUCAAUCCGAUGAUCCAUUGGUGCACUCUUUCUUGUGGAGGAAAAAAGUGACUGUAGAUACUGGUUUUUUUCUUAUGUCUCUGUGGUAACCUGCACCAGUUUCAGGUUCACCUUAACGGCGAUGAACCUGUCGGGAGUUCUAGGUUUUGAUAUGUAAGUUAGGUUGCAUUCCCAUGUUGAAAGGUGGCUCACCACUUCGUUCCUUCGGUCGAACAUAUUCUAAACCAUGGUGAUGGGAUGUUUCACAACAAACCCUUCACACUUGUGAACUUAUUUCCAGCAAAGGUGGAGCUCUUCAUUGGGCGAGCAGUUGCCACUCUCUAGAGAAUGGAUCUCCCAGCCAGCUUCUCUCCAAUAUAGCAUGCAUAAACUUCUGGGAUGUGGGCAACUCUCCAGUAAUGUUACCUCAGGUUCGUUCAACGACAAUUCCUUGAUCAAAUCACAGAGUCGAAGAACUGCAAAACCUUCAGUUUUGUAGUGGCACCUAUUCCAGUAACUUGCACCUCUGAAUACAUAGCUUCUCCACAUGUGGCAUUGCGCCAACAUCUAUUAGAAUGCUCCUCAGACCAAUACCCAAUAGCUUUUGGUCAGCCAAGAAACUAAGCUUGGCGGUUUGGUUAUGCGGUUACCCGAGAAUAAAACAACCCUACCCAUAGUACAACCAAUAUAACCAAAACAUACCUUAAAAUGGCAAAAGCUCGAUGAACCUCGAUCUCCUUUGCCAUAUUUUUUGUGCUCAUGUUGCUUCUUUAUCCUACGAAGUACGAACUACCUUUGUUCCCCGCCAGCGAACAAGUCAAAGCAGCGAACCGAGACAAAGGUCUUAAGAGAUCGUUGGUAAUGCCAACGAAUCAUCUAGUUCGUUGAUCUCUCCUACAUACCCCUUUCUAGCUCGUUGCAUUGUCCAGCGAUCCACGCCAAAGUCUUAUAGUUUGAGAAAUUACUUGCAAAGUGUUGCAUAAUGAGAAUUUGUUUUAGCAACCAUUGUAUUGUGGGAAAUUUUUCCCUGUUUAAAGGUCUCUCACCGGCAAAGUGUUGUUAUUUAAUUUCUUUUAUAUAUGGUUGAUCAAUUAGAUGUUGAUUGUUAUUGAUUCUCAAACGCUUAUCUUAAUGGAAAUUUCUCAUGUAUCAACCAAAUGAUCACCAUUAGUGAAUGGUCGAAUGAAGAAUAACAAUUAGU